UAAAAAUGGAUGAAAAUGGUUAUAUAGUAAUUUAAGUGACUAAAAAACAACAAUGAAGCGAACAGUAAAUGAGUUUACAAGCAACACAUCUGGACAUGGAUGGGGCAUGAUUGGUCGGACAAACAGCAAGUUUGGCAAGUUAUUAUGGGUAGCUAUCACACUUGGAUCAACCAUAGCUGCAAUUGCAUGGGUAACAACUGUUAUACAAAGGUAUGCAAAGUUUGAAACUAAGGACAGAGUGGAGUUGAGAGCAGGUGUAGACAUUGCAUUUCCAUCUGUCACAAUUUGUCCGUUAUAUGGCUACUCUCCUAAGAAGACGAUGGAAACAUUCUCUGACCCGGAGAGCGGGUUUGUACUUCAAAAUACAUUUUUAACAUCAACUUCCACCCACUUUGGAAUACUCAUGCAAAUGACCAAUGAAACAAUAGAGAUUUUGCAUGGAAUACUUCUACUGGCAAAAUCAAACAGAGGAUUUUAUGAAAACAUGGGUGUUAAUGAAAUAUCAGCUAUCAGUCAUGAAAUUCAAAAUCUGGUGCCACAUUGUCUCUACCAAGGAAAUCAAUGUACAGAGGAAGACUUCACGAAGCUUGUUCACCACGAAUAUAAGAAUUGUUAUACCUUCAAUGGUAAGGAUGUCAAUCUGACAAAUCCGAUGAUAGCUGAGAGUGGGGCUCAAAAUGGUCUUUCUCUCACUCUGUACCUUGAACACACAGAUUACACAUACGCCAAUUAUGAUCCAAAUCGUGCUGUGACCGCAGCAGCUGGAGCAAGGGUGAUAAUACAUGAAAAAGGAACACUACCAGACCCUGACAAUGAAGGAUUCGAUGUUGAGCCUGGGCACUUGAUCAAUGUUGCACUAUCUGUGAACAAAAGGGAACUAAUGAAACGACCUUGGGGAGAAUGUGCUGAUCAUACCACAUUACACUCAACUGAUUUCAAGUACACUAGAAACACAUGCAAAAGAAAAUGCAUGGAGAAAAUGAUUGAAAAACAAUGUGGAUGUUGGAAAGAUUUACUCCCUGUUGAUUUAAAUGACACCAGAGAUGCUAAAAUGCAAGCUUGUGGCAAAUUCAACACGAAAGAAUGGUUAAAUAUAACAGAAGCAAAUGUAACGGUUCUCAAAGAGGACAUUGCUCGAUUCAAAUGUCAGAUGGAAAAAUAUCUGUGGUCGGAUGUUUCUGCAUCUAUGGUUGGCUGUGAAUGUGAAUAUAGCUGUUCGUAUUCAACUUACAAUGUGGAAACAUCACAAUCCGAAUGGCCAAUGAGGGGCUCAGAGUUAGAUUUCUACUGUAGCGGCUUUGUUCACAGUCCAAAUUACUAUGAUUUGACUAUGUAUGAGGAAUUUCACGACAAGAUCGGUGUGCACUGUGUUAACUACUUUGAAUUUAUGAAUGUUUCAAAGAAUUGGGGAGAUAAACUGAGAGCUAAUUUCCUUCGUGUAAAUGUGUAUUUUAAAGACCUUGA